AUUACACCUUGAUUGAAUUCGCUGUUAUUACUUUCACUAAUUUUGGCAAUAUAACAAUUACUUAGAAUAUAUAGUGAAAAUUGCGUUAAAAAUAUAGAGUACAAUAUGGCUGCAGAAGAAAUUAAAUCGACAAUAGAUGUCCGGAAAUUGAUAUCAGUAUUUGAAAAUAGGGUAACGGAAACUGAGACACAUUUCCGUCCUCGAACUAGAUCUUUAGGUCAUUUAUUACCAAAAGAUACCGUGGUACCAGUGAGAGAAUUCAAAACUUUGAAAGAAAUUGAAAGAGUUUUAGAAAUAAUGGAAAAUGACCUAGGUAAUUACGAAAUUUACAACAAAGCGAAGCACGUGGCGUUUCAAGAAAAUUUAUUUAACACUUUAACGAGUAUCAUUAACAUCGAUACAGAUGAUCCAGUUAAAGCUGAUAAUUUAAUAAAAAGAACUAAGAUGCUGGUUACGAUUUUAAAUAAUAAAUUACCGUCAAAUAAUACUAUAACUUUGAGUAGUGACCGCCCGGAUGGUCUGCAGAAAUCAAAUAUUUAUUUAAAAUCGAAUCAAAUUGUAAAAAAUGCACCAACAAUGACCGAAAUAGAAUCAAACAAAGAAAACGGAGAAGUUAACAUAUCUGUCAAAAAAUUGAAAGAGAAGUUCCAAUCGUUCGAAAAAAAAGAAAAUACCACAGAACCAAAUAUAAAAACAAAAAUCACGUACAGCAAAAGCUUUUCUCACGGAAUCGAAAAAAAUAUAAAAGUUUCAACGAGUGUUGCCAAUAGUAAGACACUAAGUCCGAAAGGUCCCCAAUUUCCAGCCGACGAAGAUUAUAACGAACCCGAACCUGUUGAAAUAAUUAAAGUGCAAGUGAAUAAAUUACGUAAUUUAUUCGAAAAAAAAUCACAAGAAGGGUCAUCCGGCAUUUCUCUCGUACUAAAAGAAAACAGACCGCCAAUCACCAGAUUUAACUAUAAAUCAAACCAAGACGUGGAACCUGAGAUCAUAGACUAUAACUCAAAUAAAAUAACCCGAACAGAGUCUAAUAGAUUAUUAAAUCUAAUAGAAAAAAAUAACGAGAAUGUUGGUAAACAUUUCGAACACGAAUUGAAUAUAAGCGAAAAAAACGAAGACGGUGAUAUUAUACAAAUAGAAAAUAAACAAAAUAUACCAGAAUUAGGAAGCAUGUCGAAUUUAGAACCCAUCGAGGAUGAAGAUAGUACCAGCGACGUUUCUAGUACCAGCCAGGAAAGUUUAAAAACAGUGGAAAGUAUAAAAUUAGUUGAUGAUGAAAACGAUCAAGAAUAUACGUCAAUUAAAUCAGAUCCAAGCUUCGAAACAGAAGAAGAAACUUUUACUUCCAUAUAUUCCAAUCAGCUUCCACAAAAUUCAAACUGAUAUAUUCCAAAUACAUUCACAUUAUUUGUUUUUAAUUAUUGGCUCACACUAUAUGUUAUAAACGAAAUUAUUUCCUUAACGAAUUAAAUAGAAACAGAAACUUUUAUUUAAAGUAAACCGAACGUUUCCGAAUAUUCGUAUCGUGAUAGUUCGUGUAUAUAAAACUUUGACCAUAAAAAUAAAUGUAAUACCGCUACGAAAUAAAGAACUAAACGUCAUGUAACAAUAUGCUCGGUACCAAAAGAAUCUUAAUAGUUCAAUGGUUUUCAAUUAUUCUACAAGAUUUUACUCCAUUUUAAUGCGUUUUGAACAAUAUAAUUUCUUUUAACGCCUACAGGGUGAGUCAUAAGUGACAUUUCAUUUGAUAGUAGGAUUAAGAUACAAAGUACUCCAGGUUCUGUUUUCCGCGUUUUUUUUUUGUAAAUAAAACAAUAAAAAUUUGAAA